AUGUCCUGGCGGUAGUAUACAGGUGUUUCGACAGUUCUACAAGAAGUUUUCUGUCAUUUUCUGUGCUGUUAAGUGCCAACUGCUGUUCUGUACACAAUUUGUACGCAACAGCCAUUAAAUUGUCAAACGGCUUUACUGUCAACAUUGAUUGCGUUUUGAGUGGUGACAUGUAAGUUAACGUUUUGGAAAAUUUUAUCUCGAAUACAGGAAAAGGAACAUGGAGCACGUCGACAGUCCGAGCUAUCUGCAAACGAUUUGGGCGCCGAUAGCUUCCGUGGGAUGGUACCUUGUAGGGCUCGGUAUCAUCGCGUUAUAUAUGUUUCCACAUAUCCAAGAAAAAUAUAAAAACUGGAAAACAAGGAAUCAACGAGAUGAUAUCGCACUUGGCAAGAAGACUGACAAAUUGCCACAGUUGUCGGCUAAUGUGGAAAUGGCUAGACAAAAGAUGCAAGAGGUAUACAACAAGAAUUGUGCUUUAGCACAAAUCAAAGAGGAAGAGGAGAAAGAGAAAAAGAGACAGAAGGUCUUGAAAUUAUUGGAAAACAAGAACGUAGGUACUAGACUUGGUGGUGCAACUGAUGAUCAAACUCCUAGUACUAGUACAAAAUCCAAAUUAAAAUCAGAGUAUAAUCCUUUGAUGGGUGAUAACACUCGUGGAUAUCGUCCUCCUAAACGGAGCUGCUGUAAAAAGGGUGGAUGUGGUUAAUCGUAAUUUUACAGAAUCUCAUAAGAAAGCCAUUCACAUUCUUGCGACUUAACGAUUGUGAAAGAGGAGAAAUUUACCGUAUCGAAUAGGAUAUGCUUGAAUUCGAUACAUUCAAUUUUUUACAAGUUUAAAAAUUGGUGCAACUGUUAUAUUAUUAUAUUAUUAAUUUCUAAUAUGUACAAUAUUAUUAAGCUUUAAUAAAUACAAAAUUUUAUCUA